AUUAAAUUGAAAUUUUAUUAUUAAAUUCUUGGCAUUUUUUGUUUGCGACUGGCAAUGAUCUGAAAUUUCAACAUGCAGCCCAGAGGCGGUGUUGAGCAUGGUCCUAACCAGCUGCUCGAGGCUGGCAUCGGCAAGCAACUGAGAUCUCUUGGAUGGACUGUUGAGGGUGAUCAAGUACCGUUGCCUAAUUUCGAUGCUCAUUGUCCUGCAACUGAAGUUUCGCAUGGUCUGCUUAAGAACAUCACCUAUGUUUCCAAGGUCACCGAGAUUGUCCACCACCAGGUGAAGGAUGUUUGCUCUACUGGAAAGAUCGCCUUGACUCUUGGAGGUGAUCAUUCGCUUGGAAUGGGCACCGUUUCUGGAUCUGCUGCAGUGUAUGACAAUCUGGGCGUUAUUUGGGUUGAUGCUCAUGCUGACAUCAACACUCCUGAAACGAGUGACUCUGGAAAUCUUCAUGGAUGUCCAGUUUCUUUCUUGAUGGGCAUUGGUCAAAAGGUUUCUGCCUUUUCCUGGCUCAAACCCUGCAUUAAACCAUCACGCCUUGUUUACAUUGGCUUGCGUGAUGUUGAUCAGGGAGAAAAACGUAUUCUCAAAGAGUAUGGCAUCAAGGCCUUCUCUAUGCACGAGGUAGACAAGUAUGGUAUUGGAAAGAUCAUGGAAAUGGCCUAUGAUUACCUUGGACGCAGCAACCCUAUUCAUCUCAGCUUUGAUGUCGACGCUCUUGAUCCCAGUGUUGCUCCUGCCACUGGCACUCCUGUUCGUGGCGGCCUUUCGUUCCGUGAAGGUCACUUUAUCUGCGAGUCUAUAUUCGAAACUGGAUGUCUUGUCUCGAUGGAUAUUAUGGAAGUCAACCCUACUCUAUGUAGCGACCACGCUUUGCUUACUCAGACUGUGCAAGUGGGAUGCUCCUUGGUCCGCUCUGCUUUUGGUGAAACUCUCCUUUAGAUUUUGGAGUCCGAAACCUUGAAACUCGAUUAGAAAUGACAUUUAAUUAUCUCUAUUUCAAGCCUUGACCAUCUUUUAUGGUUAUUUAUCAUUUUGCCUACUAUUCAUCUCAUCACUGAUUUCAAUCUAACAUGAUAAUGUCUUGGCGUACUUGUUGACAAUCAAUAAAUAUACUUGCAUGCUGAGCUUUUUUCAC